AUGUCGACCACAAUCGGCUCCUUCAUAGCAGGAGGCAUCGCAGCCUGCGGCGCCGUGACAGUCACACACUCCUUCGAAACCGUCAAGAUCCGUCUCCAACUGCAAGGCGAACUCAAAGCAAAACGCGAUGCGCCGCGACUAUACAAAGGCGUCCUGCACGGCGUCAAAGUCAUCUACACGAACGAGGGCAUGAAAGGUCUCCUACGAGGAUUGAGCUGUGCAUACAUCUACCAAAUGACCCUCAACGGCUGCCGUCUCGGGUUCUACGACCCCAUCCGCACCUCCCUCAACUCCCUCUACCUCCACCGCUCACCCACCCACCGCUCCGACGCCGACGUAAAAGCAAUGCAAUCCCUCCCCAUCAACAUCGCGUCCGGCGCCUCCUCCGGCAUCCUCGGAGCCUUCCUCGGCUCGCCCUUCUUCCUCGUCAAAACCCGCCUACAAUCCUUCUCCCCCUUCCUUCCCGUCGGCACUCAACACCAAUACCGCAACGCCGCCGACGGGCUCUCCCAAAUUUACCGCUCCGAGGGCAUUCGCGGUCUCUGGCGCGGCGUGGGACCCGCGAUGGUACGCACAGGUUUCGGAUCAAGCGUGCAACUACCCACCUACUUCUUCGCGAAACGCUUGCUGCAGCGGAACUUCUCCAUCCAAGACGGCGCGCCGCUACAUCUCAUGUCCUCGACCGCGAGUGGAUUCGUGGUGUGUGUGGUCAUGCACCCUCCGGACACGGUCAUGUCGCGGAUGUACAACCAGACGGGGAAUUUGUACUCGGGCGCGAUGGAUUGUCUGGUCAGGACGGUGAAGACGGAGGGGAUGUUGGCGGUGUACAAGGGGUUCUUUGCGCAUUUGGCGAGGAUUCUGCCGCAUACGAUUUUGACGCUGAGUUUGGCGGAGCAGACGAACAAGUUGAUGAGGAGGGUGGAGAAGAAGAUUUUGAAGGAGGACGGGGAGAAGUGGUGA